GCAAUCCGACGCAAACGCCGCACGAAGUAAAUAUACAAGAAGCAGAGGAGAAUACAGCCACCGAAAAUAUCGAGACAGCCACGACUAUCGCGGAGGAUCAUUCCAACGAAACGACAACACCUACCGCUGCCAGCACUAAUAAAAAUAUACUUAUACAAAUAGGCACACACCUUAGCAACAACUUCACUGUCAACUCGCUAUGUCAACGCUUUGGAAUGUCAUCCCUUCUCCCCAGAAGUAUACCAGCCGAUCCAUCUACACAUCUAGUCACGAGCAAACGCCCGAAGAGCGAGGGAGAGAUGACUACUGCUUCUCCAUACCCGUAUCGUGAAGCCGUAGGCGCUCUUCUCUACGUUGCACUCAUGACGCGCCCAGAUAUCUGUUACGCCGUUGGCCAAGUGUCGAAGUAUUGCCAAAACCCCGACCCAUCUCACUGGGACGCGGUCGUCCAAAUAUUUGCAUAUCUGAAAGGGACUGCAGACUACGGCAUCUGGCUUGGUGGAAACCGAAGCGGACUCGUCGGAUUCACGGACGCCGAUUACGCAGGAGACAAAAACGACUAUCGGUCAACGUCGGGCGGCAUAUUCUUUUUCAACGGCGGUCCCGAAUCCUGGUUCAGCAAGAAACAGUCCUGUACAGCUCUCUCCACCACGGAAUCUGAGUACAUUGCUGCCUGUGAGGCCACCAAAACCAUUGUAUGGCUCAGUUGUCUACUAGAGGAUUUCACAGGCGUUGAACAGCAGAAGAUCCCACUUUACUGCGACAACCAAGGAGCGGUACGACUAACUUACAACGCUGAAUUUCACCAGAGGACAAAACAUGUCCUCACAAGGUACCACUACAUCCGUCAAAAGGUCUCUGAAGGAAAGAUCGAAGUCAAAUAUAUUCCCACUAAUGAUCAAUUAGCUGAUAUUCUUACCAAGGCUCUACCCAGCCCAAAAUUCACAAUGAUGAGAGAGAAAAUUGGUGUUGGAAAAUCUCCGAAUUAGUUACUCACCCAAAAACAGACAGACACACUUAAACCCAGUAUUACCUACGCCGAGGGUUAUAAGUUUGAGGGAGAGUGUUGGAUUUUCAGUCAAACCUAAAUCCUCUGGCGGCAGACGGACAGAUACUGUUUAGCCCACGCAUUGUCUCCUCUCUUCGUGACAAGCUGUGAAGUGCUCGGCUCUCUUACCUUUGGAACUGUCAAUGCAUGUGGGUAACUACUGUUAAGGUGUUUUGUCUAUAUAUAUGUGAUAUACCUGUAUUAAUGCACAUAACUGUGUCUAAUCAAUAUACUAGUUCAACCUGAA